CAUGCUCGGACGUACUAAAGAAGGCACCAACAAAGAGAAGAAAGCAUGUCCACGUCCCUCAGGUUCCUUGAGGAGCUGCUGCAGCCGCCGCGCUGCCUGGUGGCCAUGUCGGGACUGGACGUCCGCAACAACGCCGUACACCGGGCCGUCUGGGACGAGUUUACGCAGGGCGGGCGCCGGAGCGAGCGAAAGCCGAUCCUCUACCGCAACAUGCCGCCAGACCAUCUCUACCCCAAGACCUCGGAACCGACCAACUAUGAGGAGUCGAAGCCUCUCGGAGUGCUAAAGAGCAACUGGCUGAGGAAGCAGUGUCUGGAGGUGCCCUCCCUUGUCGUGUUCUUCUUCGACCUGGACUGGGACGAGUCUCAGUGGGAGGAGAAGGAGACGGAGUGCGCCUCCAAGAUAGAGGUCAUCAGAGCUGCACUAGAAGGUCGGGCCACUGAGAUUGUCAUAGUCCUUCUCCAAACAACUCCGCCUAUCCCUGUUGGAGACCCCAGCAGCCUGACCAGUGAAAGGGCCACAGCUCUCUGUUCUCUCUGUGGUCUCCCACGACUCAACCUAUUUGCCCUUCCCUUCACAGACCGACCUCUCGGAUUCAUCAUCAGACUGGAGGAUGCGUUCUACAAGAAAUCGCUGCAGUACUAUUCCCACGAGAUAUCCAAGAUCAAGGCACACAAAGAGAUAGUGAUGAAGGCCUCCCCCUCCCACCCUCUGUUGCUGAGACAUCAGUUCAAGAUUGCCUUCUACACAGAGAUGAAGGAAGAGCCUGCCAACGCCCUCAAGUUGUACCAGACGGCGUACAACCAUCUGUUGGACUCCAUGUUUCUGAGUGAAGACAAGAUCAUGGAGUUCAAACUCAUCGCCGGGUUCCUCAGCUACAAGAUCUGUCAGUUGUGUUUCUCUGAGGACGAGCCUCUGUCAGCCAUUCAACAGUUCCGCAGACACGUGGACAGGUUUGGGAAGGAGCAGGGGACACGCCCCCUUUCCUUCCAGCACCACGAGUGGAUGUCGAGACAGUUUAGUGCGUUUGGUGACAUCUUCAGUGAAGCAGUGAAGAGAGGUCUGAAGGCCAUCCAGACACAGAACCCUGGGAUGUACUACCACCAAGCCGCCAUGUCGGCCAUUGCCAGGAAGAAACUGAGUCACAACUUGUGCCACGAGGCUUCGAUCACGCCCCCUUCGGAACUGGCCACACCCCCCGAGACCACCUACUACGGACAGAGACCUUGGAGAGUUGGACUGACUGAUGACCUCCCGUCAAGUAAGGAGAAGAGGCUGACGUACAUCCGGACGCUCCAGGCUCAGGAGUUCAAGAUAGAGCACUCGUGGCUGAUUAUUCCCCUACUGAGUAAGGCAGUCUCCUACUUCAAGAACCACAACUCUGAGCGAAUGAUAUCUCAUCUCAAGGUUCUGAUGGGUGAGGAGUACUAUCAGGUCAAGGAAUAUGAAAAAGCUCUCGUGUUACUGAGGGGAGUGGUGGAGGUGUACAGGAGGGAACAAUGGUGGAAGACCCUCUCCUCGGUGCUCCAGACUCUGCUGCGCUGUGCCUACCUCCUGGGCCACCUGCAGGACUACUUCCUCUUUAGCAUGGAGCUCAUUAGCUACUAUAUUCCCAUCUCCACUGAGGAGAAGACGAGAAUUCAACACAACGCCUUGGCACUCUUCUCGGGCCAGGCUCCAGACCCAGAGCCGGGGGUCCCUCACGACGUGCAGGUCUCUGCCUACCAGCUGUGGGCUGAUGAAAAGAACUCUGUUCAGCCAAGCCAGUUCACUGUUCAGGCCUCUUCUGCUGCCUGUUUCAUUGAAUGCAAGACUGUGUUCUCUCAGUCGUCAGUACUGGCAGACUCUCCAAUACAGCUGCACAUCUAUCUCAGGUCUUCAGCCCCACUCCCUGUGUCCCUCACCAAGCUGGUGGUCCUCUUCUACCAGGAGGAGUACAACAAAUGGUGUCUCGUUGGCGAACCCUUCACUCUCGCCCCGUGCCUGGCGAAAAACUUCGCCUUUUCUUUCCCCGUGGUCCAAUCGUCGGUGGGGGAUCGGCUGGAGGUACACGCGGUCGAGGCUGUGAUGGGUGAGGAGGGAGGGAGGGAGGUGACGAUGGUUUGGAGUAACGGAGUGUCGGAGAGGUUUACCUCGCUACCCCAGGACCCCGCCUGGAGGAAGAUUCGUGUCAGGAACUCCACACUGAUCAAGCCCCGGGUUCCGGGACUGGAGUUGGGCGUGGACCACGGAAAUCCCGCCCUCACCAGCGAGUACUUCCCGCUGUGCGUCUCCGUGGCCAGCUGCGAGCCACGCCCACUUCGAGACCUCGUCGUCUCUCUCUCCCUCACCGAUAAGAUCACAGUCGACGGAAAAAACACUGCUGAGUUGUACGGAGCCAUUCCCCUAACACCCACUGCCCACCACAAGAAACAGUCUCUGGAGCUCUUCUUCGACUCCCUGGACCCCGGUGCAAAGAUUUCGGAGAAUGUGUUUCUGUCGACACACACCAUUGGAGAGAGAACCCUUGCCAUAAAUGCGUCAUACAGCGUUGAUGGUGUAGUGAGAGAGGAAUGGGAGCCUGUCACGUGUGUCUGUCAGAAGAGUUUUUCGUUUCCCGUGUCAACGGUGAAGCCAUUUGACGUGACGUACAGACUGAUGAGUACAAAGUUCAAGGUCAUUGAUGCCGUCAGUUUUGACGAGCCGUUCAUCUGGUCACCGAGAUACACUGCCUGUCGCCAUGGAAACUCUACAUCCACAACUCCAGUCUGGAUCUGCCGUCUAAUGUGAAGAAUGUUGGCGUCAAUGGCUCGCAGAUCAAGGAAUUGGAGCUGGGGUCAGAGGACAAGGCGAGUGAGGUGUGGUGUUUGCUGGCUCCCUCCCCCAACUCCCACCUCACACAUCACACCUCACACACCUCCUCCACUCUCUCCUUUGGCACCUACACCGUCCAAUGGAGAAGGUCUUCAUGUGAGCCUCAGUCCUCAGUCAUAACCAGUACAGUGACCCUGCCUCCCAUACCAACCCAUACUCUUGCCUUCUCUAUCUCCACUGACCUGCCGGCCAGUGGACAGCUGCAUGCGCCAUUCCCCAUCUCGUACGUGGUCCACAACAGAACACUGCUGGUACAGGAGGUGGAGGCCCGUAUCAGUACCAGUGAGGCCUUCAUGUACUCCGGAAAGAGACACAGUCGGUUCAGGAUCCUGCCUUCAGGGACCCACACCCUCACCUACAACCUGUACCCAGUGGCAGUGGGGACGGUGGCCCUGCCUCACCUAGACUUCUCAUGUCCACGCUAUUCCUCCUCCAUGGACCAGGUCACCGCCAGCCACGUUCCCCCCACCAUCUUCAUCAAGCCAGGUCCAAUAUAUCGAGAGUCAGAAACGGAUUUAUCCUCCCUCUCAUCCUCCUUCUCUGCCUCCACUUCGAUCUCUACCACCACCCACCUGACUGGACUAGAAAUAACUAUUCUUCUGUGUGUAUAGUUAUAGGACGCUGUAUAUUAUAUGGUUUAAUAGGGGCCAGCAAAAUUUAAUUGUUUUUCAGCACUGUCUGCAUAACAUUGUAAUGCAACAGUUUACCUCGUUUUGGUAACACUCUGCAGAUAUUUCUAAUGUAUGCACGUGAUCUAAAAUGUAUUGCAAUGUUAGAAUUCAUUAUCUCCAUCAAUAAUUGAUCCCUCCUCGCGGUGUUGUCUGUCGGCCCAGCUCCCCACCACUGACAUCAGGAAACUGUUGAACUCAUCCCUCACGGCCUCUGGCUCCUCCUCCAGACUGGUGUGGACCUGUCUGAUCCCAGACAGCCUCUCAGAGGAGAGUUGUGAGUCAGGAGAGGUCUCAGUGUAGCCUGCAGACACUGGCUUGUGGUGAGAGAGAGCCAAACACUGGUCAUCCUGUAGCCCCUGCUGCUUCACAAAGUAAGAAUACCUGUGCAUCCACAAGCAGAGACAUGAGAAGAUUAUUUAAGUCUUCAAGGAAAGCUAAGCCUUCAUCGAUUGCUCGCACAUUGAAAAAUUAGCAAAAAGUUCACUCCCUCAAUGUUUACUACACAUUUGCUGGCCCAAAGACCUCUAGGCCCAGGAGCUAUAUAUUGCCUCGACCAUUGCACCCAACUGUUGUCGUUUCUCUGACCAUCUCUCUAGCUCCUUCUCUUGCUGUGGCUGGUCUGGGUUGUGGACUAGCACCACACCGUGAGUGUCCUUCACCAUGGCUGGCCAGCAACGCUCAAACCUGCACACACACAACAAACAAUACUCACAGUUUUGCACCAUAUGUGUACUUAGCUCACCUGCACACAUUACACUGUUGUACAUACACGACUGUAUACAGGGGGUAAAAAGUAUCUGUUGAUGCCUAAACACAUCACGGAAUGGUAAUACUAACACUUCCUGCAGUACAAAACUACAUAAUAAUAGUAGCUACAGGGGCUCAAACGUUGCCCAUAACAACAGGCCCCACCCACUGUUUGCUCCCGCUGCAGUCCCAGAGCUCCACCUCCACCAGCAGUGUCCUCCCGGUCUCCUCCUCCCCCUCCACCUCCAGCUCCAGGAUCCUGACACCCUGUGUUGGGUGGUACUCCCCUCCAGAGGACUCCGUCGCCUCUGCCAAGUAGUUGCAGAUACACGUCUUCCCCGACUCACACGGACCGACGACCAAGAUCUUUGCUUUGACCAUUGCAGCAGCUAUUAUUAUACAAAGCCAGCCAAAUCA